AUGGUGCCGGGGCAGCUCUUGUGCGCCAUGGGGAACGGCUGUUUCGUUUCUUUCGACGUUGAUGAUCCCGAAACAGAUGAUGACAAGCGGCGGUGGCGGGACAAAGCACGCAUUGUUCAUCGCAUCUACUCUCAGGUUCUCGACGCCGAGACCAAAUCGGUUGUCACAGCGUUGCAGCAGGAGCACGUUUACAAACUGCGUGAUCCAUACCAUCAUUUGGAUCCUCCUACUCGUGUGGUUGCUGCGGUAUCGACCCCAAGCAGCUUCCUUGGGAAGAAGCUGAAGAAGCAGAGCAACAACUGCUUCUCCAACAAUGGCGGCAGCAGCAAGACCAUCAAGAGCAGCAGGCCGUCGCUGGUCAGGGUCAUGGCGGCGGCGAAUAAGGACGUCGACGAAGGGAAGCAGACGGACGGCGACCGGUGGAGGGGGCUCGCCUACGACAUCUCCGACGACCAGCAGGACAUCACCCGUGGCAAAGGCAUCGUGGACGCCCUCUUCCAGGCCCCCAUGGGCGACGGCACCCACGAGGCCGUCCUCAGCUCCUACGAGUACAUCAGCCAGGGCCUCCGGCAGUACGACUUCGACAACACCAUGGACGGGCUCUACAUCGCCCCGGCUUUCAUGGACAAGCUCGUCGUGCACCUGGCCAAGAACUUCAUGACCCUGCCCAACAUCAAGGUCCCUCUGAUUCUGGGCAUCUGGGGUGGCAAGGGGCAGGGGAAAUCGUUCCAAUGUGAGCUUGUGUUUGCAAAGAUGGGGAUCAACCCGAUCAUGAUGAGUGCUGGGGAGCUCGAGAGCGGCAAUGCCGGUGAGCCGGCGAAGCUGAUCCGGCAGCGGUACCGGGAGGCGGCGGACAUUAUCAAGAAGGGCAAGAUGUGCUGUCUAUUCAUCAAUGAUCUCGAUGCCGGGGCCGGGAGGAUGGGUGGAACCACGCAGUACACGGUGAACAACCAGAUGGUGAACGCUACGCUGAUGAACAUCGCUGACGCGCCGACCAAUGUGCAACUUCCAGGGAUGUACAACAAGGAGGAGAACCCCCGGGUGCCGAUCAUAGUCACCGGCAACGACUUCUCCACCCUCUACGCGCCGCUCAUCCGAGACGGGCGCAUGGAGAAGUUCUACUGGGCGCCGACCCGCGAGGACCGCAUUGGCGUGUGCAAGGGCAUUUUCCGCACCGAUGGCGUCCCCGACGAGGCGGUGGUUAGGCUCGUCGACAUGUUCCCGGGGCAGAGCAUCGACUUCUUCGGCGCGCUGCGUGCCAGGGUUUACGAUGACGAGGUGCGGAAAUGGGUCGGGGAAAUCGGUGUGGAGAACAUUUCCAAGAGGCUGGUGAACUCGAAGGAGGGCCCGCCCAAGUUCGAGCAGCCGAAGAUGACAAUCAGUAAGCUCAUGGAGUAUGGGCACAUGCUUGUCCAGGAGCAGGAGAACGUGAAGAGGGUGCAGCUUGCAGACAAGUACCUCAGUGAGGCUGCACUGGGUGAAGCCAACGACGACGCCAUGAAGACCGGGUCCUUCUACGCCAAGGCCACUUGAUUCUAGUAAUUAAGAAUGCCGUCACUAUAUAUGCAUGUUUGGAAAAUUCCGUACCUUUUUUGAUUCAUCGCCGCACAGGUAAACGAUUUGAAUUGUAAGUUUCUGAAUACAAAGAAAUGGAAUUGUAUAUGUGAAUUACUUGUUGGAACAUUAUCAUAUAUCUGGAAA